GUUUGCGCAAUGUGUUUUUCCUCGGCCCUGGCUGCUUGGAGUGUUUGCUUGUUGUUGUCACGUUAAGGAGCGCAAAUAAGAGGAAAACGACAGCGUUAACCCCUUAAAACUGUCGCAUGAGGUUGCUGGGUGAGUCCCUUCCUGCCAUGAGCGCUGACCACCAGGUCCUGAGCCCCCCUUCCUUGUGCAGUUGAUGGAUCUGCAGCUGGCCCAGAGAUGACAGACAGCGUCAGGGCUUUCCUCCGAUAUGUUGCGACGGGGAUCAAGGACUCCAUACUGGGGAUUGGCACAAUCUCCAAGCUGGAUGCCCGCAUUCAGCAGAAAAGAGAGGAGCAGCGGAGGCGACGGGCCAGUGGAGCUUUGGCACAGAGGCGGGCACAGAGUGAAGAGCGGAAACCUGAGAAUGAACCAAAAGUGGCUAGCAGAAUCUUUCAGUGUUGUGCUUGGAAUGGGGGAGUGUUCUGGCUCAGUCUGUUUCUCUUUUACCGGGUGUUCAUCCCACUGCUGCAGACACUGACUGCAAAAAUCAUUGGUGACCCCUCCCUCCAUGGCAGUGUUUGGUCUUGGUUAGAGUUCAUUCUCACAUCAGUCUUCAGUGCUCUCUGGGUCCUCCCCCUCUUUGUCCUCAGUAAAAUCGUCAAUGCCAUUUGGUUCCAGGAUAUAGCUGAUUUGGCCUUUGAGGUGUCUGGUUGUAAAGCUCAGCCGUUUCCCAGUGUUAGUAAGAUCAUCGCAGACAUGCUGUUCAACCUCCUCCUCCAGGCGCUGUUUCUCAUUCAGGGUAUGAUUGUCAGUCUCUUCCCCAUUGAUGCCAUUGGACAGAUAGUUAGUCUGCUGCACAUGUCUCUGCUGUACUCCCUCUACUGCUUUGAGUACCGCUGGUUCAAUCAUGGAAUCGAAAUGCAUCAGAGGCUUUCUAAUAUUGAGAGAAACUGGCCUUAUUACUUCGGUUUUGGUUUGCCCAUGGCUCUGUUGACCGCGCUGCCCUCUUCGUACAUUAUAAGUGGCUGCUUGUUCUCCAUUCUCUUCCCCCUGUUCAUCAUCAGCGCAAAUGAAGCUAAGACACCAACACAGCUGUACCACUUUCAGCUGCGUCUCUUCUCCCUCGUCGUGUUGAUCAGUAACAAACUCUUUCACAAAACAGUCCAUCUGCAGUCGUCCCUGACAUCAUCUGCCUCCUCUGAGCGACUGGUUACGCCCCACACCUCCCCAUCCCGCCAGCGCCCCCUGCCUGCCCAGUGAGGGAUUUGAUGAAGGACACAAAGCAAACGCCACCUCACACUGUGAACAAGAGGUUCUGUCUGAAGGAUUGUCUGGGAAAAGAAGGGUUAUGAUGUUUUAACU